AUGGAAGUUGUGGUCACUGGUGGUCAUAUGGAGGCCAGCGUAAGCCUGGGCGACACUGUCAUGGUUUACGGCUUCAAGGGCAUCGUAAAGUAUCUACAUGGCGGCUGUGGGCCAGCUCAAGGGGCAAUUGUAGACCCAAAAUCCAUAGUUGGCGUCGAGCUAGACAAGAGGAUCCCUCAGUGUACAAAUGGGACGUUUAACGGAACGCAGUGCUUUGUUUCAAACAGUGAAACCGCACUUUUCGUACCUCUACGGUCCGUGCAAAAGUACAGAGAAGAUGAAGCCGCAGCAACGAGAAUUCAAGCCAAUGUGCGAGCGUUUUUGGGGAGGCUCAAGUUCCUAAAGGAACUCUCCUUCAUCUUCUGGGACCACAUGGAGAAUCUACAAGAGUUUAAAACGCUAGACACGAAAAAGAAUGUGUCCGUGCCGAUCAUCGAGUACAUUAAAAAGAAGUACUCGGACCAGGGUAGUCUGUUAAAGGAUCCAAGGAUUGUUCGCAAGAGACGUUUUUCAGACACCAGCUACGAGUUUACCGUAAAGGACUAUCCUCCCUCAGACUUCAAUGGUCCAAAGUUGGGUAAUAUUGUCACCGCAAAGUUCGCCCACGAACUCCUGGACAUGUACAAGUCCGGGUCAUGCAUUGAGGUGCCCAUUGACUACGCGCAAAAGAUUCUGUUAGACAUGCUCUCUUGGUAUCAGAAAAAUGACCAGGGAGCUAUAAACUAUAUCAAUGUGCCUCCUCACGAAAAUAGCAACUUGAUCCUUGUGGGAGAUCUCCAUGGUCAGUUGAAUGACCUAUUGUGGAUUUUUUACAAGUUUGGGCCGCCGUCUAGUAGGAAUGUUUACGUAUUCAAUGGAGAUAUUGCAGACAGAGGUAUGAACGCUUCUAACAUUUUCCUACUCUUAUUUGCCUUCAAACUAGCGGAACCAAAUUCUGUAAUCAUAAACAGAGGAAAUCAUGAAUCUGAUGAUAUGAACGAGUCAUAUGGAUUUACUAGAGAGGUAAAAAAGAAGUAUGACGGACACAUUUAUAAUUUGUUCCAAAGAGUAUUCUGGGAGUUGCCUUUGGCUGUUGUCAUUGAAAACAGAAUUAUAGUUGUGCAUGGAGGUCUUUUCCGCCAUGAUGAUGUUACUCUGGAUAAGAUAAAUGCUGUAAAUCGCAAACGCGGUUGUCCAGCAUCUCCAGAUUUAUAUGAUGAUAGCAUUAUGUUUGACAUUCUCUGGUCGGAUCCUCAGCAGAAUAAGGGAAGGGAUGUAAGUACUAGAGGUGUAGGGUGUAUUAGGUUUGGACCAGAUAUCACAGAUAAUUUUCUAAAGCUCAAUAAUUUAGAAAUUUGUAUUCGGUCCCACCAGGUUCCACCCACGCUAAAGGGAAUUGAUAUUGCACAUGGUGGAAACUGCGUUACUCUUUUUUCAGCCUCAAAUUAUUGCCAAACUACUCACAAUACUGGAGCAAUUUUAAUUUUCUCGCAAGGUUUAAAGUUUGAAGCACAUGAAUACAUGUCACCGCCACUGGAAUCUAUACAAAUGUUGACAAAUAACACCAACAAUGUUACAAAUAAGAUUAUAGAAGCUGCAUUGGUAAGAGAAAUGGAGGCACAAGACACUACGGACACACUUUCCAGGAAAUUUUUGGACGAUGUCCUCUUAAAAUUAUCGGAACUUAUUUGUGAAAACAAACAAAAGGUUUGGUUGUAUUGCUAUAAGCAUGAUAUUAAUAAAAACGGAGCCAUUUCACCAGAGGUAUGGAGAAAUGGUCUAUCUGAACUGGUUGGAAUGACAGUCCCUUGGCUGUUUGCUGUUAAGCUUUUCAGGGCCAUAGAUAAAACCACAGGUUUAGUUCACUAUAAUGAUAUUUUAAAAAGUAUAUAUAUCGGCUUUGAGCCUGUUGGGUACAACCAUGAACAUGUAAAGAGGGAAUGUAUAGCCCACAUGUUUGAUACCAUGUUACAGUCUGACCUCAGUCUUAAGGAAAUCUUAAUGAUAUUCGAUCGCAAUUUGGAUGGUCUCGUCUCAUAUUCUGAGUUGGACGAGGCUAUAAGAAAGUUGAAUAUUGGACUUUCGAAUCCGCAGAUAAAGAUUUUAAUGAGGACCAUCUUUUCGAGUUGUUUGGAUGGAACUCAAGAUGGAAAAGCUGACAUUGUUGAGUUUUUGAGUAAACUCAAGGUGAUUUAUUCCGCUUCCAUUCGGUAUAAUGCCAAGGAGGAAUGGAUGGAAAAGGCGCUUCCAGCGAUCGGGCGUGUAAUUUUAUCCAACAGAGUUGAGACUGCUGCCAGGUACUAUAACCCUAGUCAAGCUCCAGACGAAAAGAGUAUUGAGAUGGGUAAGCAAGAGGUCAAUAGAAGGAGGUCAUCCGCCAUACGAGCAUUCGCCUUGUUUCAAAAGUUCCAAGAUUACGACAAGGCAGGAGAGGGAAUUUUAUCCCUUGAUGAUUUCGUAAGAGCGCUAAAGUAUAUGGACUUGAGCAAGGUAGAAGAGGAGCUGGGAUUUAAACUCACCGACCAUCACCUGGCUGAAAUUGCACGAAUGGUUGAUGUAAACAACUCGCAAAAGAUAAACUAUCUGGAAUUCCUUCAGGCGUUUUACGUUGUUGAUCAGAGCAAGUAUUCAGUCGUCAAUGAGAUGUGGGAUCACAUUUGCUCAACCAUGUACAAGCACAAGAACAGUCUGAAGCAAGCCCUUUAUCACUAUGAUGUCAACCACGACGGAACAGUUUACAUUCACGAGUUCAAGGAAGUCCUCUAUGCCCUCAAUGACGUCUUGGGAGGAACAAAGGCGCCGCUCACAUUCGAGCAAACCGAGGUUCUGGUGGAAUGCAUGGAUACAAACAACGAAGGCAUGAUCCUCUACAAUGAGUUUCUCGAUUCCUUCAGGCCCAUGUACAAGAGUGAUAAUUAA